GAGCGCGGUGGAGGGGUGCCCAGAGCCCGGUCGAAGUGCGCCGCCCGCAACUGCCAUGGCUCCCCGCAUCCCCCAGCAGGGCCCCGGCCCGCGCCUGUUCACCUGGGACGAGGUGGCGCUGCGCUCGGGGGGCGAGCGGGAGCGCUGGCUGGUGAUCCAGCGCAAGGUCUACGAUGUGACCGACUUCGCGCGCCGCCACCCGGGGGGCGCCCAGGUGCUCAGCCACUACGCGGGCCAGGACGCCACGGACCCCUUUAUGACCUUCCACAUCGACCAGGGCCUGGUGAGAAAGUACAUGAAGCCGCUGCUGAUCGGGGAGCUGGCUCCGGAGCAGCCCAGCUUCGAGCCCACCAAGAACAAAGAGCUGACGGAGGACUUCCGGGAGCUUCGGGCCCAGGUGGAGCGCCUGGGGCUGAUGAGGACUGAGCCCGGCUUCUUCGUGCUCAGCCUGCUGCACAUCCUGCUGCUGGACGUGGCCGCCUGGCUCACGCUGCACCUGCUCGGGACCUCGCUCGUGCCCUACCUGCUCUGCGCCGUGCUGCUCGCCACCGUGCAGGCGCAGGCCGGCUGGCUGCAGCACGACUUCGGGCAUCUGUCUGUCUGCGGCACCUCCAGGUGGAACCACUGGAUCCAUCACUUUGUGAGCGGCCACCUGAAGGGGGCCCCCGCCAGCUGGUGGAACCAUAUACACUUCCAGCACCAUGCCAAGCCCAACUGCUUUCCCAAAGACCCCAACAUUGGCAUGCACCCCUCCUUCCUUGCGCUGGGCAAGAUCCUCUCCGUGGAGCUUGGGAAGCAGAAGAAAAAACACAUGCCCUACAACCACCAGCACAAGUACUUCUUCCUGAUUGGUCCCCCCACCUUCCUGCCUUUGUAUAUGCAGUGGUACUUCUUCUAUUUUGUCGUCCAGAAGAAGAAGUGGGUGGACCUGGCCUGGAUGCUCAGCUUCUAUGUCCGAAUCUCCCUCACUUACGUGCCCUUGCUGGGGCUCAGGGGCUUCCUGGGCCUCUUCUUCUUGGUCAGGUUCCUGGAGAGCAACUGGUUCAUGUGGGUGACUCAGAUGAGCCACAUCUCCAUGCACAUCGACCACGACCAGAACAAGGACUGGGUCUCCACCCAGGUCCAGGCCACCUGCAAUGUGCACAAGUCUGCUUUCAACGACUGGUUCACUGGACACCUCAACUUCCAGAUUGAGCACCACCUUUUCCCCACCAUGCCAAGACACAACUACCACAAGGUGGCACCCCUGGUGCGCUCCCUGUGCGCCAAGCAUGGCCUGGAAUACCAGUCCAAGCCCCUGCUCUCUGCUUUCGCCGACAUCAUCCACUCUCUGAAGGAGUCCGGGCAGCUCUGGCUGGAUGCCUAUCUUCACCAGUAGCAGCAGCGCCCCCACGUGGACGGGCAGCCUCUGAGCGGAAGCCUGGGGAGCUCCCGGGAAGAGAGACUCACCCCUCCUUGCUCUUCUGAGGAAUGGAAGGCCUGAGACAUCUAGUGGGAAAACUGCCUGCAGAGGAGCUCAGCUGGGCAGCGCCUGGUUUAAACCGCUGGAGCUGGAAUGCUGGAAACAGCCAGUGUACAUGCUCUAUAUAAGCCAGGGUCUGGGCUGUGCCUGGUAAAACGCACAUUACCAUGCACAAGGACUCGGGUUCAAGCCUCCAGUCCCCACCUGUAGGGGGGCAGCUUCAGGAGUGGUGAAGCAGGGCUGCAGGGGUCUCUCUUUCUCUCUCCCACGCCCCUCUCAAUUUCUCUCCAUUAAAUAAAGAAAUGCCAAUGUUUCUUCAAAAAGAAGAACAAGCUCUGAAGAUCUA